AUGAAGUACUCGCUCUCAACUCUCGCCGUUGCAGUUGGCGCUUCGCUGGCAGCCUCUCAGUGCACCUUCUCCAUCACGGCUUCAGGAGGUCAAUCAGGAAUCGUUGGCCAGCUCAGUGACGGACAGAACCGCAUUGGUGGCAGCAAUUCACAGGGAACAUACACUAUCAGCAACGGUCAAAUCACAGAUUCUCUAGGACGAGGCUGCAUCCUCACUCCACCAACCACUCAAUUCCAAUGUGACGUUGGAGCGACUCCAACUGGUGGAUUUGCAAUUGGCAGUAAUGGUGAAAUCACCUUCAGCGGCUCAAACGUCUUUUACGCUUGCCCCGCUACAUCCGACAUGUACAACAUCUAUACUACACCAGUGUCAGGCCAGUCUUUGUGCGUCCAAGUUGCCUUGACCGCAAGCAAUUGCUUCGCUGCCAGUGCUAAGCACACUACCAUGGUAACCUCCACCGUCCAGAAGACAGUCACCAGACAAGCAGAAGCUACCACGGUAACCUCUACCAUCCAGAAGACAGUCACCAGCCAAGCAGAAGCUACGACCCCCACUUCCACGACCUGCCCCGCCAACCUUAGCGGCGCUUAUCAAUUCCCCCAUCUGAUCGUUCCCGUCUCCUCCUCCAGCCCUACCACGGCAGCAGGAACCUCUUACAACGGCGUGAUAACCUCCAUCGUCUCAUCAAUCUUCAACUUCGACAUCCCAACCACCUUGACCGGCACCUGUUCCCUUGUCUUCCUCUUUCCAUUGCAGUCUCAGCUUACAACAUCUUCCUUCACCUUCUCCGGAAACGGCGUCCUUGAUUUCAAGCAGUUGACUACCGUCGCUACCACGUCUACCACUUUUGCCAACUUGGGUACCGUCAAGACCGACUUUGGAACGAAGACUAUUACGCCUGGUUCUUCCACCGUUAUCACGACCUUCGCUUGCCCCGCUGGCCAGGCUGUCAGCUACGAGAUCUCGUCUGUGAGCGGAACUUCUUUGACGUACUUCCAGGACUUCAAUCCAAGCCCAAUUGGCCUUUACAUUACCUCUUGCUAA